ACCUAAUGUGUACUUAUCCCGAUCUUAGCGUCUGUCGGAACAAAAAUUGGGAAAACGGCCAGUCGAGCAACAUCGCGAGACCCAUUGAAUUCAACGACAUUCCACGCGCACGCUUGAAACCGGCCAUCUACCUGGCUGGAGAAGCUCGCAUGUUCAUUUUGUCAAUAUGAGAGCACCACGGAUCCAGCAGUUUCUGAGCCCUUUCCUUCGUAAGGCUCCCGUCGCACCGACAUGCCAGGCCAGAUGGCUUCAUAAGACACGAGAGACACCCCCGGUCCCAUCGCCGAUACCCCUCGUUCCCGAUGUUCCGACUUUCCUCAAGGUUCUCGGCCGCGGCCUAAGUCAGCACGUCGACAAGUUCCCCUCGUGGGAGUCUCUCUUUACCCUCUCGUCGACACAACUCAGAGAGCUCGGCCUCGAACCGCCACGAACGCGACGCUACCUCCUUACGUGGCUUGAAAGAUACAGAAAGGGCGCAUUCGGCGUCGGGGGCGACUUCAAGCACGUCGAAAAUGGCGAGGCCUAUCUUAAAGUCAUCUACGACCCCGCCACGAAGAGGAAAAUGGUCGUCAACGUUCCGGCCGAUGCGGAUCUGAAGGGCAUCCCCAUCGAAAAGCUUACAAAGCCAUCGGGGUACAAGGUGCGCGGCUCUACUGCGAUUUCUGGUCCUCAUGCCUUGCCCCUUAAGGCCGGCGAGGGCGCGCGUGUGGUCGUGAACGAGGGCAUGUGGGAGCAGAAGCAGGGUCAUAAGGUUGAUGGAGGUGAACGCAGACGGGCUGAGGUCCGCUUCAAGAAGCGCAUUGCUGCGCGCAGGGCCGAGCGGGAGGCUCAGGGUCUACGAUGAACAGACGAGAGGGGUUUGCGCGACGACACCAUUUUCCAGCCUCAUACCACUUGACACCACCAACUGUACUAUACUCAUAGAUCUUGUACGAUACGAGGUUGAAAAAUGGACGGCGAUCAUUGAUUGCUU